CUCUACCGAUAGCAGCUUGCUAGCAGCUACCAUCUCUAGACCAGAGCAGCGGCCGCAGAAAAAAAAGGAGAUUCGGUAAUUUACGCGUGGAUUUAGCACGCGCCGUGAACCCAGCAGUUGCAGCAGGCUCAGCCCAGCCGACCCGAGACCCUUUUAGUUAUCCUUGCGGGCUCGCAGCUCCAGGACGACCACCAACCGCACUCACAUUUGCCACUCCGUGUGGCGUUUGCGCCCAUCCGUGUGUGUGUGUGUGUGUGCUGGCGUGUAUGUGUGCCUGCCUGUCAGUGCAGUUUGCGUGUGUGUGUGUGAAUUGUCGGCUUUAAUUUUGCAAGCACGCUAAAGUUGUGUGUUUUUAAAGGACACAAAGGAUACGCGGGCGGAACUGAAACGCACAAGAUGUCCUACCCACCGCGGGCGCCCAUGCCGCCCUACAUGAAUGCAUCCAUACCGCCGCCGCACAUGAUGCAGAACAUGGGCAAUCCGCCGCAAAGGAACUUUCGCAACUCGGCGACCAUCAGCUCACAGCCGACAGUCUACCAUCGUCCGCCGGAGCCGCAGCCGCAGUUCCGCGGCCCCAUCAUCACCGUCUUCGUGGGCAACAUCAGCGAACGCGUCCCGGAGGCGCUGCUCAAACGCAUCCUGGCCACCUGCGGCGUGGUGAUCAACUGGAAGCGGGUAUCCACAUUCGGCUUCUGCGAGUUCGACGGACCCAUUGCAGCCAUGCGGGCUGUGCGCCUGCUCAGCGAGAUGGAGAUCGAUGGCAAGAAGCUGGUGGCCAAGGUGGAUGCCAAGAACAAGGUGCUCAUCGAGGACUACAAGGAGCAGGAGUGCAAGAACGGCGACCGCUCCAAUUCGGUGGACGAGAAGACCGAGGACGAGUACGCCAUCAGCCAGAUGCACGAGUUUCUCGAGGAGCACAAGCACGAGUUCGACGGCUUCGACGGCAGCAAUCGGCCCGAUCUGUACGGCAGCAGCAGUCGCAACAAGAAGACGCGCCGCGAGGACGACAUCAAGAUCAAGGUGCUGAACGACAAUGCUUUGGAGGAGGAGAAGCGCAAUCUGAUUAGCAGCGAGAUUGGAAAGUUUCGGAUGCGCGCCGAGGCCGACGAGCACCGCAAGGAGCUGGAGAAGGAGAAGGAAAAGGAGAAGCUGGCAGCCAGCAAGGAGAAGGAGCGCGACAAGGAGCGCAAGAAGCAUCAACGCGAAAAGGAGCGCAAGUCCUCGACCAGCAAAUCGGGUAGUUCAUCCGGGGCAGCGGCCACCACAGAAAAAGCAGCGGCUUCAGCUACCGAUAACCCCGAAGCAGCGGAAAAGUCGGACAAAGAUCCCGCUGCCGCUGUCGUCAAGGAUGCCAAGGAACCGAAAGAACCCAAGGAAUCCUCAUCCUCAUCGACCGGACGCAGUGCCAGCAGUCGCAAGGAUCCUCCCGCCGCGGAGAGUACACAGAAGGAGCGGCGCUCGGAUUCCAAGGAGACGCGUCGCCGUCGCUCCAAGUCCCGCUCCAAGGAUCGCGAGCGGGAGCGGGAACGCGAGCGCGAGCUGCGUGAGCUGCGCGACAAGGAGCGCGAGCGAGAACGCGAAAGGGAACGCGAGCGUGAGCGCGAACGCAACGAGAUGCGUGAGCGAGAGCGCAACGAGAUGAGGGAGCGCGAACGGGAACGCGAAAGAGAGCGCGAGCGCGAGCGAGACCGAGAACGCGAGCGGGAGCGGGAGCGCGAGGAAAAGCUGUCCGCAAAGCCAGUGCGCGAUUCGCGGCGCGAAAAGGAGAUGGAGGACGAGCUGCGGGAGCGCAAGAAGGCCGAGAAGAAGGCGCGCGAGAAGGAGGCCGCCUACCAGGUGCGCCUGUCCAACUGGGAGAUACGCGAGAAGCGCAAGUCCAAGGAAAAUGAGAAGUACCGCCUUAAGGAGCUGCUGCGGCAGGAGGAACGCGAGAGCGACGCCAAGCGACUGAAGGAGUUUGUCGAGGACUACGACGAUGAGCGCGACGAUUCGCUGUAUUAUCGCGGCCGCGAGCUGCAGCAGCGUUUGGCGGAGCGAGUGCGUGAGGCGGAUGCCGAUUCCAAGGAUCGCGAGAAGGAGGCCGACGAACUGGCCGAGCUCAAGUCGAAGUUCUUUAGCGGCGAGUACGAGAAUCCCUCGCUGGAGUUCGAGAAGGCGCGCCGCGAGAUCGAGAAGCUCUACGAGCCGCGCAUUCUGAUCAAUGUCAACCUGGAAGCGGCGGCGGCCACAGCGGCCGUUCACCAGCGCAAGCAGACUUCCGCCGCCUCGGCGACGGGCGAAGGUGCUGCUAAGGAGCUAAAGAGCCAGCAGCUGGACAGCUAUGAUCCCGAUAUGGCCGGCAUGAACGACGACGACUCCAUGUCGAACGAUGAUCGUGGCGGCGGCUCCUUGGCCGAUACAGCCUCCAAUGCCAGCGAUGGUGGCUAUGCGGCGAAGAACAACAAUAACGAUAAUAAGUCACUGUCGAACAGUUUGAGCCGGCAGAACAGUGAGUCCAGGGAUUCGCUGGCCCAGAUUCAUACGCCCACGCAGAGUGCCAUGCAUGCGAAUGAUCAGGAUGCCCUGCUGCCCUCCGCCACGCCGCCCAUGACCAUGCCCCUCAUCUCGCUGACGCUGGGCAACAACCUCAAGAUGAAGAAGAAGAUCGAGGCCACGGGCGUGUUUGUGAACGACGACGAUAACGAUGAGAAUAUCAAUCCCAAGAAGCGCAAGCUGGUGCCGCUAGACUACGAUGACAACAUGAGCAACACCACACCUUCUUCCCAUCCGGCCAGCAAUGCCGGCGGAUUGGGAAAUAGCAGCAGCAGCAGCGGCAGCAAUCACAACAACAACAGCAGCAGCAGCUCGGCGGAUCGCCAAAGCUCCGCCGUAUCGGCGGCCACCGCUGCAGCCGCUGCCGUUAGCCAGAAGAUUGCCCAAUCCUCCGCAACGGGCUCGGGAUCAAAUACUUCGGGUGGCAAGAACAACGGCAACGGCAAACAGAGUAGCAGCGGCAGCAGCAAACAUGGUAAGAAUGAGGCAGCUGCAUCUGCGAGCAGUGGCGCAGAUGCUGCCGCCGGUACAAACACCAAAAAGGAUGAGAAUGGUGCUAAGGUGUAUGAUGAAAAACGGCGGCAUAUAAAAAGCAUUAUUGACAGGAUACCCACGCAAAAGGAGGAGCUAUUUAAUUAUAAGCUCGACCGCAACGAGAUUGACAGCGGUCUAAUGGAACGCAAGAUACGUCCAUGGAUCAAUAAGAAAAUCAUCGAGUAUAUCGGUGAGCCGGAGCCGACGCUAGUGGACUUUAUAUGUUCCAAAGUGUUGGCCGGCAGUCCGCCGCAGAGUAUCUUGGACGAUGUGCAAAUGGUACUCGACGAGGAGGCGGAGGUGUUUGUGGUCAAGAUGUGGCGACUGCUCAUCUACGAACUGGACGCCAAGAAGAGCGGCAUUGCGGGGAAGUAGAACGAUGACGAUGAUCCGCACUGAUCACCGGGGGAAAAUAACUGGGGCGGGGAGCGGGUGCAGAUCGAGGGAUCGAACGAGAGGAGCUGCUGCGCGAAUAUAGACUCUAAGUUACUUUAUGCAACUUACUUUGCGAUUACACACACAACUUUGUACAUAAAAGGCGUGCUCCCGAAAUUGUUGCUACCGCCAAAUGUCCAGGUUUGUUUUAUAAGCUUCGACGAAACUUCUCGUGCAAAUCAAAUCAAAAAGAAAAUUUAUGUAAAACGAAAAUCGGAAGCAAAAGCGCAGCCUCCUCCCUCAAUGAUUUCUCAAUUUCUCACCGUGUUAGCGUUAAUUGCUAAAAUUAAUCAUCGAUUACUGUAAAUACACACUAAACUCACUUAUAAAUUUACACCAGCAGAAACAAACAAGCGAAAAAAGAAAGCCGUACAUAGACACAUAAAAGCGUAGCCCAUGUACAAUUCAGUUGGUUUCUGAUCCAAUUCUCCCCCUUUAUUUGUUGCGAUUUCGAAAAUCGAUUUCCAUCUACGCAACAGCUCUUUUUUUCGAAAAACGAGCGCAAACAGAAAACUGUCUUCAUUUUAAUAAAACAAUGAAAAGAAAAUUCAAAA